UUAAAGGACUCGAAAUUGAUGUUAAAUCUCCUUACUCUUUGAGUCACAAACUUUUCAUUCUUAUUCUAUUGCCUAAGCAUAGUUAGUUUAAUUUAAUAUGGAAAAGGGAGGAGAUAGUGAAGAAAAGAGGAGGGAGAAAGCAAUAGAUGAAUGGCUACCGAUAACGUCGGACCGGAAUGCAAAGUGGUGGUAUUCAACCAUGCACAAUGUUACUGCCAUGGUUGGUGCUGCUGUUCUUAGUCUACCUUAUGCCAUGUCUGAGAUGGGAUGGAGAGCUGGUGUAACGAUAAUGUUACUGACAUGGAUUAUAACAUUCUACACAAUCUGGCAAAUGGUGGAGAUGCAUGAAAUGAUACCAGGCAAGAGAUUCGACAGGUACCAUGAGCUUGGCCAAUAUGCUUUUGGUGAUAAACUUGGUCUCUGGAUUGUUGUACCCCAACAAAUUAUAGUUGAAGUUAGCACUUGCAUUAUUUACAUGGUCACUGGUGGCAAAUCCUUGAAAAAAUUCCAAGAAAUUCUUUUCCCAAAUGCCAAACCUAUCAAACUCACUUACUUCAUUAUGAUUUUCUCCUCUUUCCAAUUUGUCCUCUCUCACUUGCCAAAUUUCAACUCCAUCUCUUCUGUCUCCUUCGUAGCGGCGAUGUUGUCCAUGACUUGA